AUGAAGUUCUCAUACGUCGCUAUUGGUCUCGGAGCUGCAUCCGUCGUAUCAGCUCAAGCUGCUUGUACUUCAGCUGUGUCGGCUGUGCCUACUUGUGGUGUUUCUUGCAUCAAUUCGGCGGUGGCGGCACAUUGUACAGGUACCAACAACUACGCUUGUGAAUGCGCACCUGCAACGUUCACUUCCAUCGAAAACGCCGCUGCUAAUUGUGUCAUCGGGGCUUGUGGAUUAAUCACUGCGACUGCCAUUGCUGCUGCCUGGUUGUCAUUCAAGGACUGGCACAAGGAUAUGAGAGAGUAUGGGAUGCUUCUGGCGGAAUGA